ACCUGUAGCUCCUGCAUCUGCAACAAACUCACAGUUCCCCUCCCUCUCUCUCUCUCUCGCUCCCUCCCUCUUUACACUGAAACCCAGGAAGCCACGACCCACCCACUCGUUCGCCGAGGAAAAAAAAAUGAUGAUGGCGGUGGAUCAGGAUCAGGAUCGCGGGCUCAAGAAGAAGGCCGGCGAUAACGACAAUGCCGGGUCAGGUCACGACGGGCCCGACCUGGCAGCUGUCGUGGCCACCCUCGGGGCGGUCCAGAGGAGGAAGAGGAUGGCCAGGCUCAGGCGCCCUCACGUCAGCUUCCUCACCUUCCCUCGCGCCUCUACCUCGCACGUGCCGCAUUGCCCCCUCCUCCUCCAGCCCCACGCACGUGAAAUAGAUCCACGGAGACUGAGGUUCCUCUUCCAAAAGGAACUCAAGAACAGUGAUGUGAGCUCAUUGAGGAGGAUGAUACUCCCAAAGAAAGCGGCCGAGACUCAUCUUCCCACGCUCGAAUCCAAGGAGGGCAUUCCUAUAAACAUGUACGAUUUGGAUGGUCAGCACACAUGGAGCUUCAAAUACAGAUUUUGGCCUAAUAACAAUAGUCGGAUGUAUGUCCUCGAGAACACCGGGAAUUUUGUCACCACACAUGGGUUGCAACUUGGAGACUUCAUCAUGGUGUACCAAGACUGUCAAAAUCACAACUAUGUGAUUCAGGCCAAAAAAGCUUCUGAAGAAGAUGUUUAUACGGAUAUCGCCAAGUGCACCAUCAGUGACUUGGCUCUUAAAGACUACCACGAGAUGAACAGUAACAUCAACUCCUUCGAUGAGAGUUACCUCGCGAUCAAUCAAGACGCGGAGAUGUCAUUUGUCUACGGCACUAGCUUCUCGAAUGACUCUCCGCUUGAUUUUUUGGGCGGAUCCAUGACCACCUAUGCCAGGAUUUCCCCACCGGAAAGCUUCGGUUCAGUCGACAACUUGCGCCUCGAUGACUUUUGUUAAGUUCGUAAUCUUGUUUUAGCCGAAUUGAAGCCGACUUUCGCUAGAUCUUGAAAAAUGUUGAGUGGGGGUGAUAUGUUUUAGCCAAGAUUGGUAUCUCUUCUUUUUUUUUUUUUUUUUUUUGUACUGACCUUUUCUAC